CCCGGGUCGCAAUGGCAAUCGUCCGGACUGGACGUCAGCGGCAACUUUCCUCACAUUUGUAAAGGACUUUAACGCCACGGAGUCUCCAUAAGUCAUUGAAGAAACUACUUUCUAAUGUGAGAAACAAACGUCACACAAUUUCUCCAGUCCGAAAAUGUCCCAGGGAUGUACAAUUUCUGUGGAAGAGAUCCAGUCUUGGUGGGAAGUACCCGCCAUAGCCCACUUCUGCUCGCUGUUCAGGACAGCCUUCCACCUUCCAGACUUUGAAAUAGAGGAGCUGGAGAAAGCCUUGUCAGAGCAGGACUUGGACUUCCUGGGUGACCUCAUCGCCUGUCUGCUGCAGGGAUGCUACCAGCGCACUGACAUCACCCCCCAGGCAUUUAGCAGCUACCUGGAUGACAUCAUCAACUACCGCUGGGAACUGGAGGAAGGGAAGCCCAACCCACUGAGGCAGGGCGCCUUCGAGGAGCUCCCACCCCGAACUCAGGUGGAACUGCUGCACCGGCUCUGUGACUACCGUCUGGAUGCUGCUGAUGUCUUUGACCUGCUUAAGGGCCUGGAUGCAGACAGCCUGCGGGUGGAACCCCUGGGGCAGGAUGGGAAUGGAGCCCUCUACUGGUAUUUUUAUGGCACUCGCAUGUACAAAGAGGAGCCUGUCAAGCGGAAAGCAGAGAAGCUCAGUGAAACCCCUGAGGUCAAAGCACCAGAGAAAAAGAGAAGGGGGAGACCACCAAAGAAGAAAAAAAUGGAGGACACUCCGCUAAGUGAGGUGGAAAGUGAAGUGAAGACAGAAAAUGGUCUGGACCGCGUGCACUCUGGCAAAGAUACAGCAGGUCGGGAGCGAGGCACUUGGUCCCUCGUGUGUGAUACAGAGGAACAGUGGGUUAGUCUGGCAGAGAGCAUCAAGGACAAACCCUCCCCGCAGGACCGCCACCUCUACCGCAUCAUCAGCCAGAACUUCCUGCCUGAGAUCAGCAGCAUGAUUGAGCACAAGGAGAAGGAACAGAAACAGAAGCUGCUGGACCCAGCCCCGGUCCGCACCUCACAACGGUUCUCUGAGAAACACAUGAACCCGGACGAGGAGGACAAUCUGAAGGCCAUAGCCGAGGUGGAGAAGAAGCGGGAUGAAGAGCUGGACAGGCAGGUCCUGCUGGCUGAGCAGCGACGAGAAGAGGAGAGGCUUCUGCAGGAGGAGCGGCAGAGGGAAGAGAUGGAGAGGGUCAAGGCUGUGGAGGAGCGAGCAAAGAGGCGGAAGCUGCGAGAGGAAAGGGCCUGGUUGCUGUCUCAGGGAAAAGACCUGCCACCCGAACUCCUGAAUCUAGAGCCUCACUCACCUAUCCGGAAAGCACGCAAGACUAAAGAAUUCUAUGAAAUCGAUGACGACUAUACUGCUUUGUACAAAGUGUUGGAGGCCCUGAAAGCCCAUAAAGAUGCCUGGCCUUUCAUGGAGCCCGUGGAUGACUCCUAUGCCCCCAAUUACCAUGAGAUCAUUCAGACUCCCAUGGACCUGUCCACUAUUGAGAAGAAGCUCAACGAUGGGGAGUACAUUGCCAAGGAGGAGUUUGUUGCCGAUGUGAAGCUCAUGUUUGAAAACUGCGUUGAGUACAAUGGGGAAGACAGCGAGUACACCAUAAUGGCAGAGUCUCUGGAGCGGUGUUUUAGCCGGGCGCUACUGAAGCACUUCCCUUCAGAAGAUGGCGACACGGAUGAGGAAUUCCACAUCAGCAGUGAAGACAAGGAGCGCAAGGAGAAGAAGCGCAACCGUGGCAACAAACAGGCAGGGCCUGGGAGCUUGAUCAAGGCCACUGAGCAGGUCCAGCGCAGACGAAACCCCCAGGGGGGCAAGGGCAGCACCCCCACAGAGGUGGAGGGCAGCAAGCCUGCUCGACCACUCCCUCCUCCUCACUGGGCCAAUGGCCCCCCUCACCCCCACAGCAUGCCUCCAAGCCAGCAACACAUCCAUGAAGGAGACAUCAGGGGCAUGUACCACCCAGGACAACAGCUCCAUCGCCCCCCUGGCCCCCCAGGUCCUCCAGGUCCCCAUGGUCCCCAUGGUCCCCAUGGUCCCCACAUGUAUGCCCAGAGAAUGCCCAUGGACCCACGCUUUGCCUACCGAGGUCACAUACCUGGGCAUGGAGACCCCACCUUGAACCGCAUGCCCCACAACUUCAACAUGCAUCAUCGCUUAGGUGAUGGACACCACAUGGGCCCUAGGUAUCCAAUGGGUCCAGACCCUCACCAGAUGCAGCCCCAACACCAGCAGCACCCAUACAUGGGGCCCACCCAUGGCCCCUCUUUGGGCCCACGUCCCGUGGCCCUCCAACCUGGACCCCCUCCUGAAGCCAGCAUGUACCCAGCCCGCCAACGUCCAGAGGGCCACACCAUGCACCCCAUGGGCAACCGAUUCUCUGGCCCUGAGGAGCCACUGCAGCACAAUUACCCAGGGUUUGGACCUCCUGGCAUGGGCCUGUCCAACAUGUGGAGUGGUAUGAAUCACCAGGGGCAGGAGAGACCCAGUGGGCCGCGCAUGCAAGACCCUAAUAUGGUGAACCAGCACAACUACAGUUACGGUGGAGUACCACCUCCAAUGGGGCAUAAACCAUGGCCAGAACCAGCAGGGGGAUACCCCCACCCCUCUGCCAGCGCCCAGUACCGAAUGCCCACUGCGGUCAGCUCACCGGGACCCAUGUCGUCUCGCCCCCCUGCUCCCCACCCAGACUCCUCUAGCAGGCCCCGCUUGGCCUCCAUGCUGGAGAGCCCAGAGAUGCUGGCCCUGCAGCAGCUGUCAGCCUCUUCUGGACCCCCUGCCGGUGUCCCUCGUCAGCACAUGGGCAACUUUCAGCAGCCGGGGCCCCCGUCAGGAAUUGGCAGCGCCCCAGCUCACCCCUCUCAGCACCCCCCUCCUACCUUUGAGGUUCAGCUGCUGCGUCCUGCCAGAGACAAUGGGCCAGACAGCCAGCCAUCACAACAGACAGACACGCAGCCCAAAGGUUCAACACCAAAACCCAAGAUGGGUGACAAAAGCAACACCAACCAAGCUUCAUCAGACAAAAACUCCAUUUCAUGCAGCCAAGAGCGCCCGUCUCUCCCGAGCCCCACAGAGCCCCACGGUGGGCCAGCAGAGGGGAUGCAGAGCCCACCAACUCCUAACUGGGGCAGAUCACAGGAGCAUCCGUCUGGACCAGGGCUCCCACAGAGUUCAACAGAGGGCCACAAGCAGGCGGUGGAUGGCCGGGGACAAUCUGCUAGCCACUUUGCCCCUCAACCCAGUAAUCCGACUGCUGUCUCAUCACAUCCCAACAACAGCAAUAAUACUAGUCCUGCUGGACCCUCUACACCCAAGGCCCCUCAACAGUCACAAAACAGCCCUCAGCAAAACAUUCGGAGCUCUGCACUUCCUCAGAAGAAUGUACCACCAGCGCAUGCUGCAACAUCUCAGAAUCCCUCUCUGCAAAUGUUGGAGAACAAAGAACCUCAUAUGGAAAAAGCACAUCAGCAGAGUGAAAAUCAGCAGAAGACCCAAAAACAGCAGCAGCAGCAACCUCAGACGGGUCAGAGAACCCCUCCCCAGCAUCAUCCUCUGAGCUCGCCCCCGCACAUGGUCCAGAACACUCAGCAACAGAGUUCUCAAAUUCUUCCCCCUCCUCAUCACGUUUCUCAUAACAACCCCCCACAGUGUGGUCCUCUGCAGGCCAGCACCAUGCACGGGAUGCCGCAGGGCGCCCAACAAGGGGCCCAGCCUGGCCCCCCUCAGCCAGCUCCCCUCACUUCUCUUCCACCCAGCCACCCUACACCCCAGCUGCCCCCACACCCCAGCCCAGCAGAGCGUGGAGAUCAGAGACCAAGUGAGCCUACAAGCAGAGCAGACUCAGUGGGCGCUGCUGGGCCUCUGCAGCUCAACAUGAUGAAAUCUGCCCCACCCAAUGGUAUUUAUAAGCAGCUGGACUUCAGCCCAAAUCCUCACCAGACUCAGCUAGUGGGUAGUAACCAGGGCAGGCAGGCACCCAAGGAACCUAUGCCUGGCCACAACCCGGCCAUGCCUCCUCAUUCUCAAGGCCAGAAUAAUGGGCCCUUGGGUCAGUAUGGCAUGGGGAGCCCUCCCCAUCCACACUACAGCCAGCAUAACAUGACGAGGCCCAUGCCUCAAUCUGCUCACCACUCUUAUCCCAACCAGCCCAUGAACCCCCACCACAACCCUGCUCAUUACCCUGCCUACCACCAGCAAGGAGGAGCCACCUACCCCUACCACAUGGCAGGCCAGCAGCACCCUCAGGCCCAACCCAACAUGUACCCACCUUCUCAGUACCAGCAGCAACACUACUACCCCCAGCCCCAUCCCCAAACCCAGGCCCAUGCCCAGGCUAACAGUAGAGGGGGUUAUCCCUCAGAGGACUGGCAUCGAUCACAGUACCAGCCUCGCCACCCGAUGCCCCCCAGUGCUUAUUUACCCAUAGCCAGUGCUAAUGUCAACGGGCGGUUGAAGGAAAGCAGUCUAUCACCAAUGGGCUCUGAGGGCUCCAGCAAUGCCAGUCUGGUGUCCCCUGGCCCUGUGUCUGAAGCUGGGCCUCACCCUGGAGGCCCGGCAGAGGGUAGGGUUGAAGGCAAGGAGCAAGCCAGUGGUGCCAGCCCUGCAAAGCAAGCCCAUAGCAAGGAGAGUUCAGAACGACCUGAAAGCCCAAAAGAAAUCCUGGACCUGGACAGCCAUAAUGCUGCUGCUCGUCGCCGUAGCACCCAGCCACCUCAACAGCAACAGCCCCCCACCUCUGCUGCACACAUGGCUUCCAGCUUCAUGUAUGACCCACGCGCUGUGCACCCUGGAAUGCAGCAGGGUGGGGUUCCUCCACCUCACAUGAUGUCUCGGGUUGGCAGGGUUGGCAGUGGAGCCCCUUACCCCGGCCAGCCUUACCCAGAUCCGGGACACUACGCUGCCCAAAGACCUCACCCGCACCUGAUGGAAGCCCUCCAGAGGCCCCAGCAGCUGCCCUUCUCACCGGGUCAGACACGCAUGGCCAUGUACCAACACCCCCGAGCUGGAGGGCCCAUCCAGGGCAUGAUGCUCCAACAGAGAGGCCUAGCACUAGAACACUUCCUAGACCCAGGGCAGCAGGUGAUGGCUGCUCCUGGCGGUCCCAGCAGUAAACGGGGAUUAUGACAAGUACCAUAUAAGCAAAGCUGAAGGUUAUCAAGUAACAUCUGGACAAAGCGGUGCCCGCCUGUCAGCCUCAGAAUCGGACUGUGCCACGGAACUGUCAUCUGGAUUGUACAGUCUGUCCCUCUGCCUAUUUGAAUUUGUCAGGAUGCACCAGGAAAUUUCUACUUACACCAGAAUGACAGCAUCAGAUCUAAGAGCAUCCUGACUGGGCUGACAGAGACGGUAGUGGGCAAAACGGUCUUUUUUUUUCCCCCUGGAACCUCUGUAGGAUUUUACCAAACUCCAAGUAAAUCCUUUACUGGUUUGCUUCUAGUGGACAAACUCUGCUCUAUUUCCCCACCACUGGACUUUAAAAUCCAACAGGGCAGCUGGUAUUGUGAUGAUAAUAAUUGAUAGUAAAAAAUAAUGUGAUACACAAAUUGAUUCCCUCCACUGGGAGGUCAGAGCACAGGGUCAUCUGCAGAGCAGCCCCUCGGAGCUGGAAGGGAUUCAGCGUCUUGCUCAAAGACACUUGAUGGACGCUUGAGCCUAACUCCCCCAGUCGAAGGGCAGUCUCUCUAACUACUAGGCCGCCCUGCUGCAAGAACACUGGACAGCCUUCUCCUCUCCCAGCAAUCAAAUGCGGAUGAUCUCAAGUCAUAGAUUUUGGUUUUAGUCACUGAACUCGGCUUGGUUUCAUGUUUGCUCGAUGGACCUGAAGCCAGCUCUCACUGGAAAUCUACUGAGGAGGAAGAGGACCGACGAUGAAGAGGAAAGAGGGACUGUUGUUUUACUACUACUAUCUUCUGUUCCAAACGCAUUUUUAAACUCAGGUGUAGAAAAGGAGGUACUAUGAGACUGUCACCCUAAACCCUGUCAACUCACAGGCCCCUUGCAGUUGCCUUGGUUUCCUUGUUGAAUGUACGUGUGAAUGAGUAGACGAUAAUGUGAGUGGAGCACAGUAGCCGCGUGUGAAAGGACAAGACACUGAUCAUCUGUCUGAAGCAAAAACCGUCCUCAGAAAGAAAAAAAAAAAGAAAUAAAAGAAAAAAGGCCCAAUUACUGUCCAUUUCCGCCCCAACUGAAUCACACUCCUCUAGUUCUGGGGUAAACAUAUAUGCAUCUCUCAAAGCUGCCUUCAUUGUUCAAGAAUGUCUUUGACUAGCAGAGAGGGACCGGCGACGAGGGCUUUGUUUGCAUCUGACUCUCUGCUAUGCACUAGGGAUUUUAUUAGUCUAAACAACCUGUUACUGAGUGGCCUUGGAUAGUUUUAUUUUAAGUUGGUACCUGUUACCAUAUAAAUAUCUAUAAAUGAAUAUAUAUUAAGUACAACGCUUCACUGUAGCUGACUUACCUCUCGUCCCAGAAGAGGGAAUACUGAAAUUCUCCCAAGGUGACACAUCCUGCUAGCUGCUUUAUGCACAUACGCAAAAUGAACCCUAACCUAUGAACUAGAAUUAACUAUUUGUAUACUACAGUCUGAUUUUUUUUUUUUUUUUUUCAGUUGUCGUCAUGGCCACCAUCAAAUCCUGCUGUUUUGCUUUUUUAAAUUGUGUCAUUUAUGUGUUUCACCCACAAUUGUUGUCCCACUGUAGCUCCUUAAGAGAUUCCUUUAAACAUCUUUCUCUGUUCAUUCACAGCAAGUCCCCCCGGCAUGGUUGUUUCCUUCGAGUGCGUUUCUCAUUUUCUCCCCUAAUUCUUUGUACUAAAUGUAUCCUCAGGGUGUACAGUUUCUAUAUACGGGUAUUUUUCUGAAUUAUUUGAAGGAGGAGCAACACAAGGAAGAGUAGGACUGGAAUUAUGGCAAAUUUAUCCACCUCAGAUCUAUGUGAAAAACCUGUUGAAUUUUUUACAUCUGUACUAUCUGACAUGUGACAAUACUUGGCCUAGCUUACUGCCGAUUAUAUUUUAACAACUUUUUUUUUUUUUUUUUCUCAAAAAGCAAGCCUGUCCAGCAGUCUGAGAGUGCUUUUCCUUUUCAUCAGAUGCGAGAUGGAGCUAAUUUGAGCCGAUCUACAUUCCGGUUUUAAUUCAUGUCAUAGCUUUUGUCAUCACAAGCAAUCUUUGCUUUCUACUGAUUAUUAUUAUUAUUAUUAUUUUUUAGAACAACUAAUGUGUGUUCUUGUAACUGUUGUGUGGGUUGUGGAAGCUUCUCGCCACACCUUAUCAUAUCAAUGUUGCACCUGUGAGCCCCACUCGGUGCAGUUUAGUGAUGGCAGCAAAUGAAUCUACCUCAUAUAGCCAGUCGGUGGCAACCACUACAUCCCUCCACUUUUGUCUCCUGCUCCUGUUAGUAAAGUCAGCAUUUCAGGACCAACUGGUUAUUCUAUCACCGCUUCCAGUUUUAGGCUCUCACAUGUUCUAAUGAAAUUGCCUUACGAUUCCUCGCCAUCUCGGGGGAAAACUUGUCAGUUCGCCGUGCCAAAUGAUGGCACUGACCGACUGACCUUCUCUUGUGAUUACUCAUUUGUCCGUUCAUCACUGAGUGAGCGUGUGUGUGUGUGUGUGUUUUCUGUAAAAGAAGCAACCCUUGAAAGUGCAGACGGUCCUUUUCACGGGUCUGUACUUUGAUUCUGCGGUUACUUCUGUUGCUUAAUCUCUUCAAUAUUGGAGUGUGAUGAGUGGGCAUAUUACAUCGUAUGUCUGAUACCAGGACCCGGUUUAUUGGUCCCCUUUUAAUUGUACAGAUUGCAUGCCUUCCUGCCCAUCGAGUUUGGAAACUACACAAACUGUAGGCAGUGUUUCUGUUGUUAUACAGUUUAGGGUCUGUCAUAGGCAGCAUAGAGUUUGGCAGCAUUAUAAUGCCCUUAGUAAUAGAUAGCUAAGGCAUUGUAAGGAAACAUUUAAAGAAGGACGGUGGAAUAGGAAAACGCUAGAAGCUGUGAGACAAUGUUAUAAAUGUGUCACAUGAUGCUUGUACAAGGAACGUGUUGCUAUUUUGAUAAAAUAGGGAAUUGUCUCAUGAUUUUAGUGGGCCUAACGGAUGAGGCCACGUCGGAGGUAGUGUGUUCACUCGCGCUGUCCAGUGUAUGAAGGACGGUGUUGUUUUGUAAAGGUCUGUGAGGUUGUGAAACUGUCUUACGGUGUACAGAUGUGUGUGUAUUUCUGGUGCGUAGACUCUGCACCGGAUGGUUGGAAGUGUGCGUACAACUCUCACUUCGCUCUCACUUUUUACUCUGCUGUCAUCUCUCUGCACUAGUGAAAAAAAACCAUCUAGUUGUGAUUAAAUGUGAAUCAUAUUUAUUUGCUCUUUUAAGAAUUUUUUGUACAUUUUUCGGAACUUGUUUUUAAUAUAAAUGUGCUGUCUUUUUUUUUUUUUUUUUUUUUUUUUUUUUGGAUGUUAUUGUUUUCAUUUUAAGCAGUUGACUUUUACCUCAGUAGCAUGGUGGCAUUGAAAAAGACCCUGUAUGUUUCAUUUUUAUGUGACGUUUACAAGUUCUUAUCUGACUGACAUAGAUUAUUUUGGAAAUGGACCGAAGUAUUUUCUAUACUGUACAUUUCUUAGAAAUAAAUAACUUUUUCCUGAAUAAU